CGCGACGUCAGCGGCGGUGGCCGGGGCCCGUGCGGCGGGGGCGGGCAUGGGCGGCGGGGGCGGCGGGGGGGGGCAGGGGCCUGGCCUGUGGCUAGCGCGAGCCGCGGAGCGAGCAGCGGGCGCGGUCGCCCGAUCCCGCCAUGAAGAAGAGCGGCUCGGGCAAGCGGGGGCCUCCGGAUGGAAACCAUCAGUCUGCGGCUCCCGAGAAGGUCGGCUGGGUCCGGAAAUUCUGCGGGAAAGGGAUUUUCAGGGAGAUUUGGAAAAACCGCUAUGUGGUGCUGAAAGGCGACCAGCUCUACGUCUCCGAGAAGGAGGUAAAAGAUGAGAAAAAUAGUCAAGAGGUGUUUGACCUGAGUGACUAUGAGAAGUGCGAAGAGCUCCGGAAAUCCAAGAGCAGGAGCAAGAAAAACCACAGCAAGUUCACGCUGGCCCGAUGCAGACAGCCGGGCACCACGGCCCCCAACCUCAUCUUCCUGGCAGUAAGUCCUGAGGAAAAGGAGUCAUGGAUCAACGCCCUGAGUUCUGCCAUUACUAGAGCUAAAAACCGCAUCCUGGAUGAGGUCACCGUUGAGGAGGACAGCUAUCUUGCCCACCCUACCCGAGACAGAGCAAAAAUCCAACACUCCCGCCGUCCUCCAACCCGGGGACACCUCAUGGCUGUGGCUUCCACCUCUACCUCAGACGGGAUGCUAACAUUAGACCUAAUCCAAGAAGAAGACCCUUCCCCUGAGGAGCCAGCCUCUUGUGCUGAGAGCUUUCGGGUCGAUCUGGACAAGUCUGUGGCCCAGCUGGCUGGCAGUCGACGGAGAGCAGACUCAGACAGGAUCCGUCCCUCUUCGCACCGGGCAAGCAGCCUUUCUCGGCCUUGGGAAAGACCAGACAAGGGAGCCCCCUACACCCCACAAGCACUGAAGAAGUUACCCAGUACAGAGAAGAGCCGAUGUGCCUCCCUGGAGGAGAUCCUAUCCCAGAGGGACACUGCCCCAGCCCGCCCUCUCCACCUUCAAGCUGAGGAAUCCCCGGCCCCUGUCUCCUCCCAGCCGGGGCAGCUGUCCCGGAUCCAGGACUUGGUAGCAAGGAAACUGGAGAAGACUCAGGAGCUGCUGGCAGAGGUUCAGGGACUGGGAGAUGGCAAAUGGAAGGCCAAGGACCCCCCACGGUCUCCACCCGACUCCCAGUCAGAGCAGCUGCUGCUGGAGACAGAGAGGCUGCUGGGAGAGGCUUCGUCUAACUGGAGCCAGGCGAAGAGAGUGCUGCAGGAAGUCAGGGAGCUGAGAGACCUGUACAGACAGAUGGACCUGCAGACCCCGGACUCCCACCUCAGACAGACCUCUCAACACAGUCAAUACCGGAAGAGUCUGAUGUGAAGGAUGGGCGGGGCUGGGAUUUUGAGGGGCACAGACUCUUUAUCUCCAAAUGUUGCAGGAUAAAGCUUUUUUAUUUACCUCAAUCCAAAAAAAAAAAAAAAUUUCAUUGCUUUUGCUGA